AUGAAAAUCCUUGUUCGACGUAAACAUCGUGAAUACCUUCACAAAAUCCAAGGUUCCUUCAGUGAAAAUCCUAAAUUAUUUUGGAACUAUCAUAAAGCAGUAUUACAUCAUCGCUCAGGGGUUGUCUCUAUUAUUACGAGUAAUGAAAUAACAGCCAAGACACCAGCAGAGAAAGCUGAACUAUUUAACACGUACUUUUGCUCUGUUUUUACUUCACCCAGCGCAGUGUCCAGUUUGCCCUCUUCCCCCAUAAGAUCGGAUAUAGAAAUCUCUGAUAUAGAGCUAACAGUGGAAGAAGUGUCAGCUUGUACGUUUGUCUAGUUUAGACACAUCUAAAGCCACCGGUCCUGACGGGAUACCCGCACGCAUCCUAAAGGAAUGUAGCACGGAAAUCGCACCAAGUCUUUGUACUUUGUUCAAUCACUCUCUACGCAUUGGGCGUUUCCCUGCAGAAUGGAAAAAUGCCGACGUAACACCAGUCCAUAAGAAGGAUAAUAAAGAACCUGCUGAAAAUUACAGACCUAUCUCUUUAUUGCCGAUAGUAAGCAAG